UGAUCGCCUCGCCGGCCGCAACUCGCUCCCCACUGACCCACAGCCGCAUCUCACCAAAGCCAUCUGCCGCAUCGCCGUCGCCGCCUCGUCAUGGAUACCGGCGCCAAUGCACCACUUCCGGCGGUGAUCGCCGACACAGGGAAGGAGAUGGUGCCGGCGCCGAAGAAGGAGGAAGAGGAGAAGGACAAGCCGCUCGCUCCGUCGACGAACCUCGCCGAGUCAGGGGAGAAACCCUAUAUGCCGCCGAUGACGGACGAGGAGCGGCAGAAGAUCAAGGACUUGAAGAAGCUGCACACGUUAAGUGUCGAGGCACUGCACGAGGUGUUGGAGGAUCAAAAGGAGCUCCGCAAGCACCGCGACGACCUUCUGUUCCAUCGGAGGUGCCUGGCCGCGCGCUUGGUCAACCGGAUCCUGUUUCGGCGCCGCGAGGCCGCCUUCCUCGGGCACCAGCUGCGCCUUGGCUUGAAGGAGGCAGUCGAUCCCUUGCCGGAGGAGCUCGUGGAGGCUCGGGAGCCCCUCGAUUUGUCCCUUGACAUGUAUUAUGUAUAUUGACAUGAGCAGGGCCAUGAAGCUGGACUUGGACAA